AGAAGAAAAUAUGGUUUUAUUCAAAAAUAAUUUUGUGGUACUGUGUUUCUUUCUGCACUUUACAACUACAUGUUGCAUUACUCCGCAUUCCCAGCUACAAGGAAAUGUAGAGUCUCUACUGAAGUUAACUCCCUGGAAGUGGAAACACCUGAACACAUCCGUCAAAGUGGACACCCCGGUCUCUGUGGAUAUUUCUCUUCUGUCUCACUACAGACUUACUGGAAAACAUUUCAACAAGUACCAGAAACUCCAAAAGCAAAGAGACUGCGCAUCAAUUCUAAAAUUCAUGCCCAAAACAAAAGGGAAAGAUGGCGUCUACUCUAUAUACCCGGAUAUGAACACAAAGAAACUGGUGUACUGUGACAUGACUACAGAGGGAGGGGAUUGGACGGUUAUCAAUAAGAGGAUGGACGGAUCGGUAGAUUUUUAUAGAUCCUGGGAUUCGUACAAAGAAGGAUUCGGCAAUGUGGAGGGAGAAUAUUGGUUAGGAAAUGAACCCAUUCACUUACUCACUAAAAGGAGGCAAUAUGAACUAAGAGUGGACCUUCAGAAAUUUUCCGGCGAAAAAGCCUUUGCCAAGUACUCCAAGUUUUCUGUUGGAAGCGAGUCCCAAAAAUUCAAAUUGACAGUCAGUGUGUACAGUGGUACUGCAGGAAAUGAAGCCAUUCACUUACUCACUAAAAGGAAAGAACAUGAACUAAGAGUGGACCUUCAGAAAUUUACGGGCGAAAAGGCUUUUGCCAAGUACUCCAAGUUCUCUGUCGGAAGCGAGUCCCAAAAAUUUAAAUUGACAGUCACUGGAUACAGUGGUACCGCGGGUGAUAGUUUCAAUCAUCAUAAUGGAAGGUCGUUCUCUACGAAGGAUGCAGACAAUGAUUCUUGGAAGACUUCCUGUGCUGUUCGUGGUAAAGCUGGCUGGUGGUUCGGAUCUUGUGAUGACUGUAAUCUUAACGGACCUUAUCUCAAAUCUGCCGUCAAAACAGAUGAGAGUAUCAACUGGGACAAAUUUGGAAAAGGAUUUUCCUUGAAGACUGCAAAAAUGAUGAUCAGACCCGUAAAAUAAAUAAAUCA